CAUUUUCUUCUUCUUCUUCAAAAUUUCUCUUUGUUUGUUUUUCAAUUGAUGGGCUGCUAGAAUUUUACUAACGUCACAUAAAUAAUCCAUCUUUAUCCAAACCCAAAUCUUUACGAUCUCUUUUUUGUUCCCUUUGCAUAUAGUUUCCCAGUUUUAUUUUCAUUUGGGGAUGGCAUCUUCAUCACUAGCAAACCCGCUAUGCACUUGGUUGGUGGCGGCUUGUGUUUCGGUAACGUACGGGAAAGACCAGGCACGGUCACCAUUGUUAUCAGGCUCGGCUUCUUCUAAUAUUAGACUCGGCCGUUGGGCUCGUAACAGAAGAAGGGCUUUACUUUCUAAAUGCGGCGGCGGCGGCUCAGCCACUAACAAAGACGCGGGCUUGAUUUCUUCGUUUCGUGGAUCGAACAUUCAAGGCUUGAUGGCUUCCUGCUUGGCUUUCGAGCCUUGUAAUGAGUACUAUUCAUCCAAAAAUGGCAGUUUUUUCGGUCAAAAUGGAACAUUUUCUUCUCUCUUUGGAAGCGGAAAUGUUUCCUUCAAUAAUAAUCGCAAGCAAAGAAGAUACAAUCGAGCAGCAGCUCGUUCUGGAGAAGCCAUGGCCAUAGCUGUGCAACCCACAAAAGAAAUUGCAACAAAGAAGAAGCCUCCUGUUAAGCAAAGACGAGUUGUCGUGACAGGGUUGGGAGUAGUAACUCCUCUUGGACACGAGCCUGACGUCUUCUAUAACAAUCUGCUUGAGGGUGUCAGUGGUAUAAGUGAAAUUGAGACCUUUGAUUGUGCUGAGUUUCCGACUAGAAUUGCUGGAGAGAUCAAAUCGUUCUCAACCGAUGGAUGGGUCGCACCAAAGCUUUCCAAGAGGAUGGACAAGUUCAUGCUUUAUUCGCUUACUGCAGGAAAGAAAGCCUUGCAAGAUGGUGGGGUAACUGAAGAUGUAAUGAAUGAGUUAGAUAAAGCGAAAUGUGGAGUUUUGAUUGGUUCAGCAAUGGGUGGCAUGAAGGUUUUCAAUGAUGCAAUUGAAGCUUUGAGGAUCUCGUACAGGAAGAUGAACCCUUUUUGUGUACCGUUUGCUACAACAAAUAUGGGUUCUGCGAUGCUUGCAAUGGAUUUGGGAUGGAUGGGUCCUAAUUAUUCUAUCUCCACGGCAUGUGCUACAAGCAACUAUUGUAUAUUCAAUGCAGCAAAUCACAUCAUCAGAGGUGAAGCUGAUAUGAUGCUUUGUGGAGGAUCGGAUUCAGCAAUUAUACCCAUUGGUUUGGGAGGAUUUGUGGCAUGUAAAGCGCUCUCUCAGAGGAACAGCGAUCCUACCAAAGCUUCACGUCCUUGGGAUGCUAGUCGUGAUGGAUUUGUUAUGGGGGAAGGUGCUGGGGUUCUGCUUUUAGAAGAAUUGGAGCAUGCCAAGAGUAGAGGUGCUACUAUCUAUGCUGAAUUCCUCGGUGGAAGCUUCACUUGUGAUGCUUAUCACAUGACUGAGCCUCACCCCGACGGUGUCGGUGUCAUUCUCUGCAUCGAAAAGGCUUUGGCUCAUGCUGGAGUAUCUAGAGGAGAUGUAAACUAUAUCAACGCUCAUGCUACAUCAACACCAGCUGGAGACAUUAAAGAGUACCAAGCACUUCUUCAUUGUUUUGGUGACAAUCCCGAGUUAAGAGUGAACUCUACAAAGUCGAUGAUUGGUCACCUAUUGGGAGCUUCUGGUGCCGUGGAAGCUGUUGCAGCAGUACAGGCGAUACGAACUGGUUGGGUUCAUCCAAACAUCAACCUGGAAAACCCGGAUGAAGAAGUGGACACAAGUGUACUCGUGGGACCAAAGAAAGAAAGAUUGAAUGUUAAGGCAGCAUUGUCAAAUUCUUUCGGGUUUGGCGGGCAUAACUCAUCCAUCAUUUUCGCCCCGUACAAGUAAAAUAGUUCAACCAUUGCCCUUCCUGUGUUUUCAUGUAGUGUUAUGAUGUACGGAGGCCUGUAUCGGGGCUGUAGGAAAAAAAAAGGCACUGUUAUGGCUGACUGCAAGGAGGAAGGACAUUUCGUAUGGUUCGAAUGUUGUUUCAGAAGGUUUCAUUUGUAGCUACGAUGGAGGGUUUUAGUGUUUCAGGGCCAUUGAAAAACCACUAAUCCAGUACGAUAUCGUUGUUUGUGGUUCGUGUAACAUGAAAAAUAGUUGCUUUUGGUUCAGCCAAUUUGCAAUGAAUCCUUACUGGUCGAAUUUGUAAGUUUUAAAA